CAGCUGAUAAAAAUAGAUCAAAACUAUCAGUCGACCGAAGUUUUGUUACCGUGUGGAUAUUAAUUCGAUGUAAAAAUUAACAAAAAAAAACAAUAAACCUCCACAAUGGCUGAAGCCGAAGGAGGCUCCGAACAGGAUGAUGUUUCUUUCUUACGAACGGAAGACAUGGUAUGUCUUUCGUGUACAGCAACAGGGGAACGUGUCUGUUUGGCAGCCGAAGGAUUUGGUAACAGGCAUUGUUUUUUAGAAAAUAUUGCUGAUAAGAAUAAUCCACCGGAUCUCUCACAGUGUGUAUUUGUGAUUGAACAAGCUCUAUCGGUUCGUGCUCUACAAGAAUUAGUUACAGCUGCCGGAAAUGAAACUGGCCAGGAAAAUUUAGGAAAAGGAACUGGUUCUGGUCACAGAACUUUAUUAUAUGGUAAUGCGAUAUUGCUUAGACAUCAAAACAGUGAUAUGUAUUUGGCUUGUCUUUCAACAAGUUCUAGUAACGAUAAAUUGGCAUUUGAUGUUGGUUUGCAAAAACACAGUCAAGGAGAGGCAUGUUGGUGGACCGUACAUCCAGCCAGCAAACAAAGGUCUGAAGGUGAAAAAGUAAGAGUUGGUGAUGAUCUAAUUCUUGUAUCUGUUGCAACCGAAAGAUAUUUGCAUACAACAAAAGAAAACGAAAUUUCUAUAGUGAAUGCUAGUUUCCACGUAACACAUUGGUCAGUGCAACCUUAUGGAACCGGUAUUUCCAGAGUGAAAUAUGUAGGUUAUGUAUUUGGUGGUGACGUACUUAGAUUUUUCCACGGUGGUGACGAAUGUCUCACCAUACCAUCGACAUGGGAUGUAGAACCACAGCACAAUAUUGUUAUUUAUGAAGGUGGUAGUGUUAUGUCCCAAGCUAGAUCAUUGUGGAGGUUAGAAUUAGCCCGAACAAAAUGGGCUGGUGGUUUUAUAAAUUGGUACCAUCCUAUGAGGAUAAGACACAUUACCACUGGUCGAUAUUUAGCUGUAAACGAAAACAACGAGUUGUAUCUUGUAAGCAGGGAGGAAGCCAACACUGCAACAACGGCGUUUUGUCUACGACACGAGAAAGACGAUCAGAAAGUGGUUUUGGAAGAUAAAGAUUUGGAAAUUAUUGGAUCUCCUAUUAUUAAAUAUGGUGAUUCUACAGUUAUCGUACAACAUACAGAAAGUAGUUUAUGGUUAUCCUACAAGGCAUACGAAACGAAGAAAAAGGGUGUUGGUAAAGUUGAAGAAAAACAAGCAGUACUCCACGAAGAAGGUAAAAUGGAUGAUGGUUUAGAUUUCAGUAGGUCACAAGAAGAAGAAUCGAGAACAGCUAGAGUUAUACGUAAAUGUAGUUCUCUCUUCACGCAAUUCAUAAACGGCUUAGAACAACUACAAAGUAAUCGCAGACAUUCAUUAUUCUUUCUACAAGUCAAUUUAAACGAAAUGGUAAUGUGCUUGGAAGAUUUGAUCAAUUAUUUCGCACAACCGGAAGACGAUAUGGAACACGAAGAAAAACAGAAUAAACUAAGAGCCUUAAGAAAUAGACAGGACCUGUUUCAAGAAGAAGGCAUACUUAAUUUGAUCCUUGAAGCCAUCGAUAAGAUAAACGUAAUCACUUCACAAGGUUUUCUCGCGCAAUUAGCCGGCGAUCAAAGCUGGGAAAUGAUUGGAGUAUAUUUAUAUCAACUAUUAGCCGCCAUUAUUAAAGGAAAUCACACGAAUUGUGCGCAAUUCGCGAAUUCGAAUCGGCUCAACUGGCUGUUCUCUAGGUUGGGAUCUCAAGCAUCGGGUGAAGGUACAGGGAUGCUGGACGUACUCCAUUGUGUACUGAUAGAUUCUCCAGAGGCUUUAAAUAUGAUGAGGGAUGAACAUAUCAAAGUUAUAAUAUCUUUACUGGAAAAGCACGGUAGGGAUCCAAAGGUAUUAGACGUACUGUGUUCUCUGUGCGUCGGUAACGGAGUGGCAGUUCGAAGUUCUCAGAACAAUAUUUGCGAUUAUUUGUUACCUGGAAAAAAUUUGCUGCUCCAAACGCAGUUAGUUGAUCACGUAGCAAGCGUUCGACCGAAUAUAUUUGUGGGUAGAGUAGAGGGUAGCGCCAUUUACCAGAAAUGGUAUUUCGAAGUCACCGUAGACCAUCUGGAACAAACUACGCAUAUGACUCCACAUUUGAGGAUAGGUUGGGCCAAUUCGAAAGGAUACAUACCGUAUCCUGGAGGUGGCGAAAAAUGGGGUGGAAACGGUGUAGGGGAUGAUUUGUAUUCUUAUGCUUUCGAUGGUGCUUAUUUUUGGACUGGAGGUAGAAGUACUAGGGUCGUCUACAAUAACUCGGAACCGUUUAUAAGAAAAAGUGAUGUUAUCGGAUGUGCCUUAGAUUUAACAGUGCCCAUGAUAAAUUUCACAUUUAAUGGAAAUCCCAUUAAAGGAAACUUCCGUAAUUUUAAUCUAGAUGGCAUGUUCUUUCCCGUUAUUAGCUGUUCUUCCAAAUUAAGCUGUCGAUUUUUAUUGGGCGGAGACCACGGUAAACUUAAAUAUUAUCCCCCAGAAGAUUUCUCUCCGCUCGUAGAAAGUCUCUUACCCCAACAAGUCCUUCUAUUGGAACCCUGUUUCUAUUUCGGUAACAUGUCAAAGAAUGUCAUCGCUGGUCCUUUAUACGUAGAAGACGAUACCGCAUUUGUACCGAAACCGGUUGAUACUUCCAUGGUUACGUUGCUCCCUUAUAUUGAAUCGAUAAGAGAUAAAUUAGCCGAAAACAUUCACGAAAUGUGGGCUAUGAAUAAAAUCGAAGCAGGUUGUCAAUGGGGGGAGUACAGAGACGAUUCGAGAUUGAUUCAUCCGUGCUUAGUGUCUUUUGAUAAACUUCCGGCGGCUGAAAGGAAGUACGAUACUCAACUGGCAGUUCAAACGUUGAAGACAAUUAUAGCUCUAGGUUAUUAUAUAACAAUGGAUAAACCACCGUCAAGGAUCAAAACAAUUCGUUUACCGAACGAAGCUUUUAUGCAAGCCAAUGGGUACAAACCGGCUCCUCUCGAUUUGUCUGCUAUAACACUGACUGCUAAAUUGGAGGAAUUGGUCGAUCAAUUAGCGGAAAAUACCCAUAAUCUUUGGGCUAAAGAAAGAAUACAAAAUGGCUGGACUUACGGAUUAAAUGAGGAUCCGGAUAUGCUCAGAAGUCCACAUCUUGUUCCUUACGCGAAAGUCGAUGAAGCUAUCAAAAAAGCAAACAGAGACACUGCAUCAGAAACGGUUCGAACACUUCUGGUAUAUGGUUAUAAUUUGGAUCCACCUACCGGAGAACAACAAGAAACUUUGCUCGCUGACUUAAGCCGUUUACGACAUAUUGAAUUCAGAACGUACAGGGCUGAAAAGAAUUACGCAGUCAGCUCAGGAAAAUGGUACUUUGAAUUCGAAAUAUUAACAGCCGGACCAAUGAGAGUGGGAUGGGCUAAAGCGGAUUGUGCUCCAGGAUGUAUGCUCGGUUCAGAUGAAAAUACUUGGGCAUUUGAUGGAUACAAUGAAGAGAAAGUAUACAGCAACACUGCUGAAUCUUUUGGCAAGCAGUGGCAAGUGGGAGAUGUAGUGGGGGUUUUCCUCGACUUAAUUGACCACACUAUAAGUUUUUCAUUGAAUGGUGAACUUUUGAUGGACGCACUGGGUGGAGAAACAACAUUUGCAGACGUCCAAGGCGACAAUUUUGUCCCUGCCUUUACGUUAGGGGUAGGUCAAAAAGCUAGACUUAUUUUUGGUCAGGAUGUUACACAAUUAAAAUAUUUCACCAUGUGUGGAUUGCAAGAAGGUUAUGAACCUUUCUGCGUAAAUAUGAAUCGUGCCGUUACAUAUUGGUAUACAAAAGAUCAGCCGAUUUUUGAAAACACUGAAGAUAUACCUGAUACGAAAAUAGACGUUACUAGAAUAUUGGCAGGAUCCGAAACACCCCCUUGUUUGAAAAUCAGCCAUAACACUUUUGAAACCAUGGAAAAAGCAAAUUGGGAAUUUUUGAGGUUAAGUUUACCCAUAAUAUGCCAUUCGCAGUUUAUAACUGAAGAGCAAAAGAUCCGAAGAUGGGAUGAAAUUAGAAUCAGGCAACACAGGCUUAAAGUGGAAGUAGAUCAACAACACGGACCUCCAGCGGCUCAUAUAGAAAAUAUAAUGAAAAGUGGAUUUUCCAUGAGCGAUAUUAAAGGUCUUCAAAGAAAUUAUAUGGAAGAUGCCAUUGAAUCCGAUGAAGUUAUGAAGCAGCAUACUAUCACUACAACAACUGGUAAAUCCGUUAGAUUACCAGCUCGACCGCCCAGAAAAGGUUCACUAUCGAGAAACAUGAAUGGAUACGACGAAGGAGGUCUUGGUGUCAGUCCUACUAGAGGAGUACAUAGGUCAACCAGUGAGCUAAACAUGAAUAGGUAUAACGAUAUGCAAAAUGGUCCGCAAGACAAAAACGAAGAUAAAAAGAAACGAGGUAGAUCACCAUUCAGAUUCUUUUCCAAGAAAAAUCGCGAAGGUACCAGUGGAGAAAGGGACCGUAAAGGGAAAGCUAGAACUCCAGAUCCUCCGAAUCGUACUGGCGAACUAUUUCCUCAAGCCAGAUCCGUUGGUUUGUCUAAUACAGCUUUACAAAGACAUGCAACUAUUAAACAGUCCCAGGUAAAAAAUCCCACUGCUACUCAACCGCUCAAUAGUGAGCUUGAUCUUCAACCACAAUCUUCUGCUGAUAGACAACAAAAACAGUUAACCGUGACUCAACCAUCAGAUAUAGAAUCCGUUGGAAACGAAAUUUACGAUGCAGAAUGUCUUAAACUUAUUAAUGAGUACUUUUAUGGUGUUCGUAUCUUUCCUGGUCAAGAUCCUGCCCAUUGUUAUGUGGGGUGGGUAACAACCCAAUAUCACUUGCAUAGUAAAGAUUUCAAUCAGAAUCAAGUCCGUAAAGCGUCAGUUAUAGUUUUGGAUGAUUUUGAUAGGGUUAUAGAUGGUGUCGACAGACAAUCCUGUUACAUGGUUAGAGCCGACGAAUUGUACAAUCAAGUAACACAAGACGCUUCUGGAAAAGGAGCGUCGCAAGGAAUGUUUAUCGGAUGUUUCCUAGACGCUGCUACGGGAAUUAUAACAUUUACUUGUGAAGGAAAACCUACAUCGCAUCGGUUCAAAAUGGAACCCGAAACGAAAUUAUUCCCUGCUAUUUUUGUGGAAGCAACUAGUAAAGAAGUUUUACAGUUUGAGUUAGGAAGAACAUCUACGAGUCUUCCUUUAUCCGCAGCUGUAUUACAGAACAGCGCAAGGCAUGUGAUACCUCAAUUCCCACCGAGAUUGAAAGUACAAUGUUUGAAACCCAACCAAUGGGCUAGGGUUCCAAACCAGAGUCUACAAGUGCAUGCAUUGAAACUAUCCGAUAUCAGAGGUUGGUCGAUGCUUUGCGAGGAUCCAAUAUCAAUGUUGGCUCUACACAUACCAGAAGAAGACAGAUGUAUAGAUAUCCUCGAACUGAUAGAAAUGGAUAAACUUCUCAGUUUCCAUGCGCACACACUAACUUUAUACGCAGCUCUAUGUUAUCAAAGUAAUUAUAGAGCCGCUCAUAUUUUAUGCAAACACGUCGAUCAAAAGCAAUUGCUUUACGCUAUCAAAUCUGAAUAUAUGAGCGGACCUCUUCGACAAGGAUUUUAUGAUUUGUUGAUUGCCGUUCAUUUGGAAUCUACAGCAACAACAAUGGAAGUGUGUAAGAACGAAUACGUCAUCCCUAUCGGACAAGAACUGAAAGAUCUUUAUGAAGAUCCAAUAAUGGGACACAGUUUGAGAAAAUUAAAAAUGGAAUCGGUUCGACCAGCAAUGAAAAUGUCCGAAAUAACGGAUAACAUAGGUGACAUCAAAAAUUUGUACGCACCUUUUUUUCCAUUGGACGUUGUAAGAGAUUACAUUAUGCAAGCUCUUGCGGAAUCAGUUGAAAUCAAUCAAGUACACAAUAGAGAUCCAAUAGGAGGUUCCAAUGAAAAUCUUUUUUUACCGCUUCUUAAAUUGGUUGACCGUUUAUUGUUGGUCGGUAUGUUAGGAGAUGAAGACGUGGAAAAACUUUUAAUAAUGAUCUGUCCGGAAACGUGGGAUCCAUCAUUCGAAAAAGACGGAAAAGACGAACACCGCAAAGGUCUGUUAUCCAUGAAAAUGGCGGAAGGCGCUAAACUACAAAUGUGUUAUUUGUUACAUCAUCUGUGCGAUAUUCAAUUACGUCACAGAGUCGAAUCUAUAAUAGCUUUCAGUCACGAUUUUGUCGGUGAAUUACAAACUGAUCAAUUGAGAAGAUACAUCGAAAUUAAACAAUCAGAUUUGGCGGCCGCCGUUGCAGCUAAGAAAACUAAAGAGUUCAGAUGUCCGCCUAGGGAACAGAUGAACGCCAUUUUGUGUAAGUUCAAGAGAAACACAGGUUUCAAAAACUUAGAGGAAGAGGAUAAAGAUAACUGCCCAUUAGGCGAAGAUUUGUGCGAAAGAAUGAACAAUUUCCACGAAAGACUGAUGCGUCACGUUUCACUGCAAGCCCUUCUGACUCCAGAAGAAGAAGAAAACACCGAAGAUGUAACUAAACCAGGGCCGUUUAAAAAAUUGUACAAUUUGAUUAACGCGGUAAAAGAUUUGGAAGAAGAAACUAAAAAGGAAGAUGCGGAACCGGAAAAGAAAACGCCAGAAGAAAUUUUCAGGAAAGUACUCAUCGGAACUAUCGUUAGAUGGGCGGAAGAAACUCAAAUUGAAAGUCCAAAAUUGGUUCAAGAAAUGUUUAGUUUACUGGUGAGACAAUACGAUUCUGUUGGGGAGCUUAUAAGAGCCUUAGAGAAAACUUAUAUCAUCAACGCAAAAACUAAAGCGGACGUAGCAGAAAUGUGGAUAGGUUUGAGUAAAAUUAGAGCGUUACUACCCGUCCAGAUGUCACAAGAAGAAGGGGAAUUGAUGAGAGAACGUUUAUGGAAACUCGUGAAUAAUCAUACGUUCUUUCAACAUCCCGAUUUGAUUAGAGUUUUGCGUAUCCACGAAAACGUUAUGGCUGUUAUGAUAAAUACAUUAGGAAGGAGAUCACAGGCUCAAUCUGAUGCCAGUACUCAACAGCAAAAUGCCGAAGGGGAAGUUGUUAUUAAAGAAAAGGAUACUUCUCACGAAAUGGUCGUUGCUUGUUGUCGUUUUUUGUGUUAUUUCUGCAGAACUGGGCGUCAAAACCAGAAAGCAAUGUUUGAACAUUUAGAUUUCUUAUUAGAAAACAGCGACAUUCUUCUAUCAAGACCUAGCUUAAGAGGAUCCACACCUCUCGACGUUUCUUAUUCCUCUUUGAUGGAAAAUACCGAACUAGCUCUAGCCUUACGAGAACAUUAUUUGGAAAAAAUCGCCGUUUAUCUAUCAAGAUGUGGUUUACAAUCGAAUUCAGAGCUAGUAGAAAAAGGAUAUCCUGACUUAGGUUGGGAUCCAGUGGAAGGGGAGAGAUACCUCGAUUUUUUGAGAUUCUGCGUAUGGGUGAACGGCGAAAGCGUCGAAGAAAACGCCAAUCUCGUUAUAAGACUUUUGAUUCGACGCCCCGAAUGUUUGGGACCGGCUCUUCGAGGAGAAGGUGAAGGUUUGUUAAGAGCUAUUGUAGAAGCUAACAAAAUGUCCGAAAGGAUUGCAGAUAGGAGAAAAAUGAUGGAUGAAGCCGAAGCAGGAACAGUGGUUAACGUCGCGCAAUUCACACAUCCGUUACCCGAAGGUGAUGACGAUGAAGAUUACAUUGACACUGGUGCUGCCAUCUUAAAUUUCUAUUGUACUUUAGUCGAUUUACUCGGUAGAUGUGCACCGGAUGCGGCAGUAAUUGCAGUAGGCAAAAACGAAUCACUGAGAGCAAGAGCUAUUCUACGAUCUCUAGUACCUCUAGAAGACCUCCAGGGUGUUUUGAGUCUCAAAUUCAGCCUUCACAAUCCAGCUGCUGGAGAAGAAAGACCUAAAUCUGACAUGCCAUCUGGUUUGACUCCACCGCACAAGCAAUCAGUAGUAUUAUUUUUAGAAAGAGUAUACGGCAUAGAAACACAAGAAUUGUUUUAUAAGCUGCUCGAAGAAGCAUUCUUACCUGAUUUAAGAUGCGCCACUAUGCUCGAUAGAAACGAUGGAAGCGAAUCUGAUAUGGCACUUAGCAUGAACCGGUAUAUAGGAAACUCCAUCCUCCCCUUACUCAUCCAACACAGCAAAUUUUAUAGUGAAGCAGAAAAUUACGCUUCUCUAUUGGAUGCAACUUUACACACUGUUUACAGACUUUCCAAGAACCGCAUGCUUACCAAAGGACAGAGGGAAGCGGUUUCCGAUUUCUUGGUAGCUCUUACUAGUCAACUACAACCGUCGAUGCUUUUAAAAUUACUUAGAAAGUUAACUGUGGACGUCUCUAAUCUAUCUGAAUAUACUACAGUAGCGUUAAGAUUAUUGACGUUACAUUACGAGAGGUGUGCUAAAUAUUAUGGUUCUAGUGCCGGACAAGGAAUUUACGGAUCAUCCAGCGAUGAAGAAAAACGAUUAACCAUGAUGUUAUUUUCCAAUAUAUUCGAUUCAUUAAGCAAGAUGGAUUACGAUCCGGAACUUUUCGGAAAAGCGCUACCGUGCCUAACGGCAAUUGGUUGUGCUCUGCCACCAGAUUAUUCUCUAUCCAAAAAUUACGACGACGAAUGGUACACGAAUAAAACCGACAAAUCUGGUACCGACGGUCCUUACAAUCCACAACCUAUCAAUACAUCAUCGAUAGUUCUGAACAACGACUUGAACAAUAUAGUCCAACAGUUUUCUGAACAUUACCACGAUGCUUGGGCUUCGAGAAAGCUAGAAAAUGCUUGGCAAUACGGAGAGAGUUAUUCCGGAUGGGAAGGCAACAAAACUCAUCCAAGAUUGAAACCGUACGCAAUGUUGAAUGAUUAUGAGAAGGAGAGAUACAAAGAACCAGUUAGAGAAUCUCUUAAAGCACUACUUGCUAUCGGAUGGUCUGUAGAACAACAGCAAGUUGAUUUGCCAUCUAACAAUAGGAGUUCUGGAAUGAGACAAUCCGGCGAAGGUGCUUCGGCUUUCAAUUACAACCCUCAUCCUGUGGAUAUGAGUAACCUAACCCUAUCUAGAGAAAUGCAAAAUAUGGCGGAAAGAUUGGCCGAAAAUGCUCACGACAUUUGGGCAAAGAAGAAAAGAGAAGAAUUGACAACUUGUGGAGGAGGUGUUCAUCCCCAACUAGUACCGUACGAUCUACUAACCGAUAAAGAGAAGAAAAAGAAUAGAGAGAGAUCACAAGAGUUUCUUAAAUAUUUGCAAUAUCAAGGAUUCAAAUUACACAGACCAAAUCGUGGCGGAUUAUCAGAAACUGAACAAUCUACUUCUGGUCCAGCAAUAGAACUGCGAUUCGCCUACAGUCUCCUAGAAAAAUUAAUUCAAUACUUGGAUAGAGCAACGGUUAACAUGAAACUAUUAAAACCUUCACAAACUUUCAGCAGACGAAGUUCUUACAGGACUUCGUCUCGCGAUAUCAAAUUCUUCUCCAAAGUCGUACUACCUCUAAUGGAAAAAUACUUUUCCACUCAUCGUAAUUAUUUCAUAACGAUAGCAACUGCCACAAAUAACGUCGGAGCGGCUAGUUUGAAGGAGAAAGAGAUGGUGGCCGCUUUGUUUUGUAAACUGGCCAAUCUAUUGAGAUGCAAGUUGGCAGCUUUUGGUGCCGAUGUUAGAAUCACUGUAAGGUGUUUGCAAGUUUUGGUCAAAGGUAUAGAUGCUAAAUCCUUAGUGAAAAACUGUCCUGAAUUUAUAAGGACCUCGAUGUUGACGUUUUUCAAUAAUACGGCUGAUGAUUUGGGGCACACUAUCAUUAAUUUGCAAGAGGGUAAAUACGGUCAUUUAAGAGGAACGCAUUUAAAAACAUCGACGUCUUUGUUUUAUGUCAACGCCGUAGUUUUACCUAUCCUCACAUCGCUUUUUGAUCACCUCGCUCAUUGCGAAUACGGCUGCGAUUUAUUACUUGACGAAAUUCAAGUGGCUUCCUACAAAAUUCUACAAGCCCUAUACACCCUUGGAACGGACCCAACUCUAUCUCAUGACAGAAAAUAUCUGAAAACUGAAAUGGAAAAAUACAGACCGUCAUUAGGAUCGUGUUUAGGAGCUUUUAGCUCGACUUUUCCCGUUGCUUUUUUGGAACCACAUUUAAACAAGCACAACCAAUAUUCGUUAUUAAACAGAAUUGCAGAUCAUUCUCUAGAGGCGCAAGAUAUAAUGGCAAGAAUGGAAAGCUCAAUGCCAACUCUUGAAGCUAUAAUUUCCGAAGUAGAUCAAUUUGUUGAUAGCGAGAAGACUUACAGCGACUCUCCGCAUAUUAUCGACGUUAUUAUGCCGAUGUUAUGUUCAUAUUUGCCAUUUUGGUGGUCUCAAGGUCCGGAUAACGUUAGUCCAACUGGAGGUACCCACGUAUCAAUGGUAACUUCAGAACACAUGAAUCAAUUACUGAAAAACGUUCUGAAGUUAAUUAAAAAGAACAUUGGCAACGAAAAUGCCCCUUGGAUGACCAGAGUUGCCGCGUACACUCAACAGAUUAUUAUAAACAGCAGUGAGGAGUUACUCAAAGACCCAUUCCUUCCUUUGGCCGAAAGAGUAAAGAAAAGAACUGAAGCUAUGUUCCACAAAGAAGAAAGUUUGAGAGGAUUUAUCAAAAGUUCAUCAGAAGAUACUUCUCAAAUUGAAACGCAGAUACAAGAAGAUUGGAUACUUUUAGUUAGAGACAUAUAUUCGUUUUAUCCUCUUUUGAUUAAAUAUGUCGAUCUCCAAAGAAAUCAUUGGUUGCGUCACAACGUAGCUGAAGCUGAAGAUCUUUAUAAUCACGUCGCAGAAAUAUUCAAUAUUUGGUCAAAAUCUCAAUAUUUCCUCAGAGAAGAACAAAACUUUAUUUCAGCUAACGAAAUCGACAACAUGGUACUUAUAAUGCCAACUGCAACUAGAAGACCUGUUGUACCGGACGGUAGCCAACCUACUGUUGGAAAGAAAAAGAAAAAACAUCGCGAUAAGAAAAGGGAUAAAGAUAAAGAAAUCCAAGCGUCGUUAAUGGUAGCCUGUUUGAAACGGCUCCUACCUGUCGGGUUGAAUUUGUUUGCAGGACGUGAACAAGAACUAGUACAACAUUGCAAAGAUAGGUUUUUGAAGAAAAUGCCGGAAUACGAAAUAAUUGAUUUUGCCAAAAACCAACUGACAUUACCAGAUAAGAUUGAUCCAGCAGACGAAAUGUCAUGGCAGCAUUACCUCUAUAGUCAGUUAGGUAGCAAAAAAAGUGUUUCAGUUAGUCCGAUAGACAAUAACGGUAAAAAUCAAGUGGACGAAACUGUGGACAGGAUAGUUGCAAUGAGUAAAGUACUAUACGGACUUCAUAUGAUCGAUCACCCGCAACAGCAGCAGAAAGGCGUUUACAGAAGCGUUGUUUCGACUCAAAGGAAGCGAGCUGUACUGUCUUGCUUCCGUCAAGCUUCUUUGCACAGUUUGCCAAGGCAUCGUGCAAUUAAUAUAUUUAUAAGAACUUACCGUGACUUUUGGCUACAAGAUGAAAAUAUCGGUCAAGAAGUAAUGAUCGAAGAUUUAACUCAGAGUUUCGAAGAUGCCGAAUUGAAGAAAAAAGAUUCCACAGAUGAAGAUAACAAACCGGAUCCUUUGACUCAAUUAGUAACUACAUUCUGUAGAGGGGCAAUGACUGAACGUUCCGGGGCGUUGCAAGAAGAUCCCUUAUACAUGAGCUUCGCCGAAAUUAUCGCUAAAUCUUGUGGUGAAGAAGAAGAGGAAGGCGACGAAGAAGAAGGUGGCGGCGAAGGAGAAGAGGGAGCAUCUUCAAUUCAUGAACAAGAAAUGGAGAAACAAAAACUACUGUUCAAUCAAGCUCGACUUGCCAAUCGAGGAGUGGCUGAAAUGGUUCUGCUCCAUAUCUCAGCUUGUAAAGGCGUCCCUUCAGAAAUGGUAAUGAAAACCCUCCAACUUGGUAUCUCAGUCCUUCGUGGUGGUAACUUUGAUAUACAAAUGGGAAUGUUGAAUCAUUUGAAAGAGAAGAAAGAUGUAGGGUUUUUCACUAGUAUUGCCGGACUAAUGAACAGUUGUAGUGUAUUAGAUUUGGACGCCUUUGAAAGGAACACCAAGGCAGAAGGUCUUGGAGUUGGAUCCGAAGGUGCUGCUGGGGAGAAAAAUAUGCAUGACGCCGAAUUCACUUGUGCCCUUUUCAGAUUUAUUCAACUAACUUGUGAGGGUCAUAAUUUAGAAUGGCAGAACUAUUUAAGAACACAAGCCGGUAAUACCACAACAGUGAAUGUAGUAAUCUGUACCGUUGAUUACUUACUCAGACUUCAAGAAUCCAUCAUGGACUUCUAUUGGCACUACUCUAGUAAAGAACUCAUUGAUUUAGCUGGUAAAUGGAAUUUUUUCAAAGCCAUAGGUGUAGCCAGUCAAGUUUUUAACACCCUAACAGAAGUUAUACAGGGUCCUUGUACCCUUAACCAGCAAGCUUUAGCUCAUUCUAGAUUGUGGGAUGCAGUUGGUGGUUUUCUCUUCCUCUUCUCCCACAUGCAAGAUAAACUUUCCAAACAUACCAGUCAGGUGGAUUUGCUCAAGGAACUUCUCAAUUUACAAAAAGACAUGAUUACAAUGAUGUUAUCUAUGCUUGAAGGUAACGUUGUUAAUGGUACUAUCGGUAAACAGAUGGUUGAUACGUUAGUAGAAAGCGCCAGCAAUGUGGAACUAAUUUUGAAAUAUUUUGAUAUGUUUUUGAAAUUAAAAGUUUUAACUUCUUCCGCCGGCUUCCAAGAAAUAGAUUUGAACAGUGAUGGUUGGGUGUAUCCCAAAGAUUUUAAAGAAAAAAUGGAACAAUCAAAGAACUACACCUCGGAAGAAAUCGAAUUUUUAUUAGCUUGCUGCGAAACUAACCACGAUGGUAAAAUCGAUUACGUAGAUUUUAUCGAUAGAUUCCACGAACCUGCUAAGGAAAUCGGUUUCAAUUUGGCUGUUCUAUUGACAAAUCUAGCGGAACACAUGCCCAACGAACCUAGAUUGGCAAGAUUUUUGGAAACCGCAGGCUCGGUACUGAAUUACUUCGAACCAUUCUUAGGACGCAUUGAAAUUUUAGGAGGCAGUAAACGUAUAGAACGAGUCUAUUUCGAAAUAAAAGAAUCUAAUAUUGAACAAUGGGAGAAGCCUCAAAUUAAAGAAUCCAAACGUGCAUUCUUCUACUCCAUAGUAACAGAAGGCGGUGACAAAGAAAAACUUGAAGCGUUUAUAAACUUCUGUGAAGAUGCCAUUUUUGAAAUGCAGCACGCCAGUGGUUUAAUGGCCGUGGAAGAUUCUGGAGGUGGCGGACCUCAAAGAUCGACUAGUUAUAGUUACAUGCAACAAGAAGACGAAGAUAGAUUAACAAAAAAUCCCAUACAACGAGGAUAUACCGCAAUCAAAGAAGGAAUAUCGUACGUGUUGUCUUCACUUAGUCCAUCAAACAUUAAACACAAAAUAUCGGAGAUGCAACAAAUGACGUUCGCGGAAUUGUUUAUUGGCUUUUUCAAGAUGAUAUUCUAUGCGCUUUACUAUUCAGGUUUCGGCGUCGCCGUUGUUAUCAAAUAUAUUUUAGGUAUUCUUAUGUUGCUUAUGAGAGGUCCAGCUGUCGAAGAACCCGUUAUUCAAACGGUGGUAGAAGAAAAAGUUGGUCCGUUGCGGGUACUGCCAUCUCUACCAUCUACAGAAGAACCAAAUACGCAGAUGCAAGCAUUCGGAGUCGAUAUAACGAAAGAAGAUAACGGACAGUACAAAAUGGCUCCACACGAAUCACCGCAAGGAAGUCAACCUUCUUCAGGGGAAGGUGAGACUACACCGGAAGAAAAUGGAGAACAUGCUGAAAUGGAAAGUCUUGAGCAACAACCGUUAUCUUUGUCUGAUCUUUUAGGUGGAGAACAAGCGAAGAGGGCACAACAAGAGAAAGUCGAGGCGCAAGCUGCACAACAGGCAGCUAUGCAAGCAAUAGAGUCCGAAAGCAAACAAGUUCAUCAAGUUGAAACAUCUGCCAUGUCUCAAAUUAAUUUCGCUUCGUAUGGACAUAGAGCGGUGUCGUUCCUCGCUAGAAACUUUUAUAAUUUGAAAUACGUGGCUCUCGUUUUGGCUUUUUGUAUAAAUUUCAUGUUACUGUUCUACAAGGUUUCCAGUCUUAAUGAAGAAUCAGGUAGCGGUAGUGGUAGCAAAGGUAUUCCAGAAAUCAUCGAAGGUUCAGGAUUCGAUUCCUCUAGUGGCGCAGGUUCGGGCGACGGUGAAGAAAAUGAUUUACCAGAAUUAGUGCACGUUGAUGAAGAUUUCUAUUACAUGGCACACGUUAUGCGGUUAGCAGCGGUACUACAUAGUAUUGUUUCUUUAGCCAUGUUAAUAGCUUAUUACCAUUUGAAAGUACCUUUAGCUAUUUUCAAAAGGGAAAAGGAAAUUACGAGGCGGUUGGAAUUUGAAGGAUUAUAUAUAGCUGAACAGCCAGAGGAUGACGAUUUAAAGUCGCACUGGGACAAAUUGGUUAUUUCAGCUAAAUCUUUUCCUGUGAAUUACUGGGAUAAGUUCAUAAAAAAGAAAGUACGCCAGAAAUAUAGUGAAACUUACGAUUUUGAUUCAAUCAGUAGUCUGUUGGGUAUGGAAAAGACAUCAUUCCAACAGCAAGAUACCGAGGAGAAGAAAAAUCUUAUAUCGCUAAUUUUAAAUAUCGAUUGGAGAUACCAAAUAUGGAAAUCAGGUGUUACGAUAACGGAUAACGCUUUCUUGUAUUCCUUAUGGUAUUUCACUUUUUCUAUUUUGGGCAACUUCAAUAACUUUUUUUUCGCCGCUCAUUUACUCGACGUAGCCGUUGGUUUUAAAACGUUACGCACGAUCUUACAAUCUGUUACUCAUAACGGAAAACAACUUGUAUUAACAGUGAUGUUGUUGACGAUCAUAGUAUAUAUUUAUACGGUUAUAGCAUUCAACUUCUUUAGGAAAUUUUAUGUUCAAGAAGAAGACGAGGAAGUUGAUAAGAAGUGUCACGAUAUGUUAACAUGUUUCGUAUUCCAUCUUUACAAAGGUGUCAGAGCUGGUGGUGGUAUAGGUGACGAAAUCGAACCACCAGAUGGCGAUGAUUACGAAGUAUACCGUAUUAUGUUUGAUAUAACUUUCUUCUUUUUCGUUAUUGUUAUACUUUUGGCCAUCAUACAAGGUUUGAUCAUCGACGCAUUCGGAGAACUACGUGAUCAGUUGGAAAGUGUAAAGGAAGAUAUGGAGUCGAAUUGUUUCAUAUGUGGUAUAGGGAAGGAUUAUUUUGAUAAAGUACCACAUGGAUUUGAUACACAUGUCCAACAGGAGCACAACCUAGCUAAUUAUAUGUUCUUCCUUAUGCAUCUAAUUAACAAACCAGACACGGAACAUACCGGUCAAGAGACCUACGUAUGGAAUAUGUACGAGCAGCGAUGUUGGGAUUUCUUUCCAGUGGGAGACUGUUUCCGCAAACAGUACGAAGACGAACUGGGAGGAGGCGGCGGUUGAUAUUAGUCUUAAUAAUAAUUAAUAAUCAUUUUAUUAUGCUCAAAUUUGUAAUUAUUAAAUUUUAUGAGCCCCUAACAGCAAAAUCGGUUAAUUUUGCAAGCAAAAGUACUGAAUAUUAUGUAAGACUUUCAUAUUACUUAAAAAGUACUUCAGUAAGUUAACAAUUUCCAAUAGGAGAAAUAAAAAUUUUACAAAUUUCUAUUUUGAGUAUAAUGUGAAAAGUUUGCUUGCAACUAUUUCAAAAACUACGGUACAAGUUUGUUAAAAUUUUCGAAUGUUUAAGCAGUUAGGAUUUCGAAGCUCUGUAAUUUCAACCAAUUCAAAUAUUUUCCUGUUAA